GUCAGAAAUUCGCAAGACGACUCAAAUGCACAAGAAGCGAUUCCUUUUCGUUCGUUGGGUUCGAGCUAAGUACAGCUCCGAGCACUGAAUUAGGGUUCCGAUAUUGAACAAAUUAUUCCUUAGUUGAGAAAUUAUUCGCAGCACCUGACUUAGAUAGAUAGUUAAACAAUUACACCAUCCAUUUACUGUCGAAUGUCGAUAUCUAGAUAUUCGAGAAAUUCACUGCUUCUUUGUUUAUUUCGCCUGCUGAGCAUCAUCACCCUCUUGAUAAUCAUGCAGAAUUCUUCUGUUGCCUGUCUCUGUUACUAUUUUUACAAUAAAAUGACCCCUUAAUUGAAAUCAUUGACUUUGCAAGUCCUUGAAUCCAUACCUCAUGGCACAGAUUCAUUCGAAAUUCUUAAUCUGCAACUUCGUUUGGCCUCUCAUGUUGUUUCCACCUUUCCGUAUCUGUAUUCUUUCUUCUAUGAAUGCUUCUGGCUACUGUGCUUUCUUCACAGUUGCCUUGCAAGCUUGUUUUUCUAGAUAUAUAAGAUGCCGAAAACAAGGGCGAAUGCUUCUGGAGAUGCAUCUGAAAGACCAUUAGAAUCUGAAGAGCGGGUGGACCUUGAUGGAGACAAUGAUCCUGAGGAAACAAUAGAAGAAGAGGUCGAGUAUGAAGAAGUAGAGGAAGAGGAGGAAGUGGAAGAGGUGGAAGAGGAAGAGGAAGAAGAAGAAGAGGAAGAAGAAGAUCCAGAAGAGGGUGAGGAAGAGGGAGAAAACAAGGGAGCUGCUACAAAAUCUAAUGGACAGAAAAGCUCAGAUGGUGAUGAAGUGAUGGCAGUUGCUGACGGAGAGGAGGAAGAAGAAAAAAAGAAGCAUGCGGAGCUUCUUGCACGCCCUCCGCAUGGAUCAGAGGUGUAUCUUGGUGGCAUUCCUCAUGAUGCAUCUGAAGAGGAUUUGAGGGGAUUUUGUGAAUCUAUUGGGGAAGUUACUGAGGUUAGAAUAAUGAAGGGAAAAGAUUCAGGGGAGGCCAAAGGUUAUGCUUUUGUUACCUUCAGAAACAAGGAGUUGGCUUCUAAGGCCAUUGAGGAACUGAAUAAUUCUGAGUUGAAGGGAAAAAGGAUUAAAUGUUCUACAUCUCAAGCAAAGCAUCGGUUGUUUAUUGGAAAUGUUCCCAGAAAUUGGGGAGAGGAGGAUAUGAAGAAGGCUGUAACAGAUAUUGGACCAGGAGUCAUUUCUGUGGAACUGUUGAAGGACCCACAGAACUCCAGCCGGAAUCGUGGAUUUGCUUUCAUUGAGUAUUAUAAUCAUGCAUGUGCAGAAUAUUCAAGACAAAAGAUGUCAAGCCCAAAAUUUAAGCUCGACACCAAUGCUCCUACUGUGAGCUGGGCUGAUCCUAAAAAUACAGAAUCCUCUGCUGCUUCUCAGGUGAAAGCUGUGUAUGUCAAGAAUUUACCAAAAGACAUUACUCAGGAGAGUCUAAAGGAGCUGUUUGAACGUCAUGGAAAGAUCACAAAGGUGGUUCUCCCCCCUGCAAAAGCGGGACAUGAAAAGAGCAGAUUUGGUUUUGUACACUUUGCGGAAAGGGCAUGUGCAAUGAAGGCAUUGAAGAACACUGAAAAAUAUGAAAUUGAUGGUCAAGUUUUGGAAUGCUCUCUUGCAAAGCCACAAGCAGAUCAGAAGUCUUCUGGAUCAUCAAAUCAUCAGAAGUCGCCCUUACUUCCAACCUACCCACCACGUCUCAGUUAUGGCAUGGGAGGGAGUAGUCCAUAUGGUGGAUUGAGUGCUGGAUAUGGUGGUGGUGCAGGGUUUGCCCAACCACUGAUCUAUGGUAGGGGACCAACUCCUGCUGGCAUGGCAAUGAUGCCUAUGCUUUUGCCCGAUGGAAGGAUUGGAUAUGUCCUGCAACAACCCGGAAUGCAACCACACUCCCCUCCACCGCAGUCUAGAGGUGGAAGAAGUGGUGGUGGCAGCUCAAGUGGUGGAAGGCGCAGUGGUGACAGCAAUCGUGGCCGCAGUCGCUAUAACCCUUAUUAAUUAGUGAGGUUUGCCUUGCUUGGAAAGGGAAAGGAGAAGACAGUAUUUUGGGUCUGUGAGCAUACAUUUGGAGCUGUGCAGCUCAUUAGAACUAAACAUAUGUAGCUGGUCAUGUCAUAGAAAGAGUUGCUUCAGACCGAUUCACAUGUAGUUUGCCUAAACUAAGUUUAAUUAAAUUAUGAAA